AGUGGGACACUCUGCAGUUCGCUUAUCCCGUUCCUUCCCGUUGCCUUUUACGCGCACGACGUCUGCAGCCCCAGUGAUUCAGUCAGCCCGUCUUCUCCGCACACUGCGAGCUUUUGGAUGAAAGCAGGACUCUUUUCCAUAGUGUUCCGAUGGCGAAACACCACCGGUCCUAUCCCGGCGAUCCUAUUUAAAGCCAGACAUUUACGCUUUUUUCCUUUUUCUUUUCGACUAAUUUCUAACACAAUGUGGGACGCGCGUUUUCGCCGCGUCCCCGGAGUGCUCUCAGUGGUGGCCGCUUGACUAAAGGGGGAUCCCGGCUCCCUUUUCAUCCUCUGCUCCCUUAGGAAAAAGAGGAGUUUGCAUGCAAAAGGUGGUUUAUCUCGGCAAGCCAUGGAGGGACUUGCCUAAAGUGGAUCCAACCUAGCAAAGACAAUUUGUUAGACUUUUUCAGUUUGGUUCAUUUGCUUCAUCACAACUUCAUCCCCCAGUAAAGCUCCUUCCCUCUGGCCUUUUCCACUUUUGCGUUAACAUGGCUGAAAGGCUUGGACCAGCAGGGCUCAAGCCCACCAACAUUAGAACCACUCCUUCCUUACCCCCUGAACCCAUCGACAUCAUCCGCACCAAAGCCCGUUCCCGCAGAGUACGCCUUAACGUCGGGGGUCUGAACCACGAGGUCUUGUGGCGAACCCUGGACCGGCUACCCAGGACCCGGCUCGGCAAGCUUCGAGACUGCAACACCCAUGAGUCACUGAUGGAAGUUUGUGAUGACUACAGUCUGAAUGAAAACGAGUACUUCUUUGACCGGCACCCGGGGGCUUUCACCUCCAUCCUGAACUUUUACCGCACAGGAAAGUUACACAUGAUGGAGGAAAUGUGUGCUCUCUCGUUCGGCCAGGAGUUAGACUACUGGGGAAUUGAUGAGAUUUACCUGGAGUCCUGCUGCCAGGCCCGAUACCAUCAGAAAAAAGAGCAGAUGAAUGAGGAGCUGAGGAGGGAGGCAGAGACAAUGAGGGAGAGGGAGGGAGAGGGAGAGUUUGAUAACACCUGCUGCCCAGACAAGAGAAAGAAGCUAUGGGAUCUCCUGGAGAAGCCCAGCUCCUCAGUGGCUGCCAAGAUUCUGGCCAUCAUAUCAAUCUUGUUCAUCGUCCUCUCCACCAUCGCUCUGUCUCUUAACACCUUACCAGAGCUUCAGGUCACAGAUGAGUUCGGCCAUGCCAAUGACAACCCCCAGUUGGCCCAUGUGGAGGCUGUGUGCAUUGCCUGGUUCACCAUGGAAUACCUCCUUCGCUUCCUCUCCUCUCCUAACAAGUGGAAGUUCUUCAAAGGCCCACUAAAUGUCAUAGACUUGCUUGCUAUUCUGCCCUAUUAUGUUACCAUCUUCCUGACUGAAUCCAACAAAAGCGUGCUACAGUUCCAGAAUGUGCGCCGUGUGGUGCAGAUAUUCAGGAUCAUGAGAAUAUUGAGGAUCCUGAAGUUGGCCAGGCACUCCACAGGUCUCCAGUCUCUAGGUUUUACUUUGAGAAGGAGCUACAAUGAACUGGGGCUCCUUAUUUUAUUUCUUGCCAUGGGCAUCAUGAUAUUUUCCAGCUUGGUCUUCUUUGCUGAGAAAGAUGAGGAUGCUACUAAGUUCACCAGUAUCCCUGCAUCAUUCUGGUGGGCCACAAUUACGAUGACGACAGUGGGCUACGGUGACAUUUACCCACAGACUUUACUUGGGAAAAUUGUGGGUGGGCUCUGUUGUAUUGCGGGGGUGCUGGUAAUUGCCCUUCCUAUCCCCAUUAUUGUCAACAACUUCUCUGAAUUCUAUAAAGAGCAGAAGAGGCAGGAGAAGGCAAUCAAGAGGAGGGAGGCACUGGAGAGAGCCAAGAGGAAUGGCAGUAUCGUGUCAAUGAAUCUAAAAGAUGCCUUCGCCCGUAGCAUGGAACUGAUGGAUGUGGUGGUGGAGAAGGGAGAUGAUAAAACUUCCAUUGACAACCACCUGUCUCCAAGUCGCUGGGGUGGCUCAACCAGGCACGCCUCAUCAGAAACCAACCUGAAGUCCCCAGAUAGAAGAAACCCAGAGUCUCUGUUGAGAAGCUCACCUCAUCACAUAACUAUCACGACCACUGGAAGUCCACAGCUGAUGAACAAGACCCCACAGCACCUUAACGCUCAGAAACUAGAAGAAAUGUACAAUCAGAUGACUAAGUCACAGUCCUUUACCAAUCUCAACACUACAAGCUCCAUGAGCACUGUGAGCACAACUAUGACCGGCCCUGCCUCGCCUAAGAAAACUCACAGCCCUGAAUCCACAUUAAAAGAGGAGGUGGAGCUGGAGAUGAAGGAGGUUCAACCUUCAGCCCAUAACUCAGCUGGCUCAUCAACGGACUUUAACAAACAGGGCUGCAACUCAGGUGAGGAGGACGAUGGGCUGUGUUAUUUGAGACAUCCCAGGGCCCCACCCUUUCUGGAUUUAAGCCAACUGAAUGCCAGUGAUCAGAGCUCUCCUAACGUACUCAAAGAAAACCUCUAUGAAUCUGUCAACCCAGGAGAUGAGUCAGAGCUCCAUAUAGAGGAAGGAGAGAGCUUUAACAGUGCAGUAGAGAAUAUCCACAGCUCUCCGAGAGGAAACAACCCCCUUCAAAUAAAGGGGUUAAAGGUCAACUUCAACAGAACCUCAGCUGAAGGCCCGCUUACACCGCCCAGCACUACCUCCCCUGGAGACAUCAGCUCCAGCAUUCUGGAAGACGAGUCCCCAGAGGGAGAGACAUCACCCCUCAUCCCCAGUUCAGAGAAGCUGGUCCCAACCACAGAGGAAGAGUCCUGUCCUUUGUCCCCAAAACGGCUGGUGGUGGACACCCCGCCUGGUGACGAGGAUCAGUCUACGGACGACCAUGAGGAGAAGCAUCUAAUGGAGGUGGCGGGUGCUGCAGUCGGGCCCUUAUCACCCAAGAUAGCAGCACAAAACUGCACCCAAGGUGUGGUUGGAGCAGGUGAGGACGUCAAGGCUGACAGCAACCAAAGUGGACACAAAGUAGAGAACCACAUGUUUACAUCCGAUAUCCAUCUGAUACCAGGGGAUGGCAGCCUCUCUCCGACCUGUGAAACCAGCAUGUGACUGUAAGGGAGGUGUGAACGGACAAUAAACCCACUGCAACCUCAGCCUGGUGUGGGGGGGAGAGAGCAGAAAGCAAGACAAGGAUGCAGUUGUAGUGAAAGAUAUUUUUGCAUGGCAUGACAAGUCCCUUUUACUUGUGUUGUUGUGUUUUGCUGAAAAAGAAACUGUGGUGCUUCAUGCAGGAUUGAGAAUGACUUUGGGACAAACUGUAGGCUCUGAAGUGGAGGCCAGAGGGAAUUCAUCAACUACUACAGACUUUGAGUCCUCCAUAUGUAUAUAAUGAGGUUUUUUUUUCUAGUAAAAGAAGGAAAUGCAUAGAGGGACUUAUCUGUAAAAAGCAUGCAUUUAAAAAAGACAGAUAUUUUACGGUGCUUAGUUUGCUGAAAGCGCUCACUGUAAAUACCAGGACAUCUAAGGCAAUGACAAUGCACAGGAUGACAAAGGAAGACACUCAAGUCACUGAAGGUACAAAUAUUUGCAAUGUGAAAAGGGAGGGGUGGGGGUAGAAUCGAGAGCCCUCAGACCGGGUGUUGCAUCGUAGCGACCUAUUAAAAAAAAACAUAUCAUUACCUUUUGUGGAAAUGCAAUGUUCCCAUGACGACCUUGUAAUGUUUUUUGUGUGACAAGUGGUGUACGGAAUUGUAAUGUUAACAUUAUUGCUUUGGGUUUUCAUAACAACUGUUUAACUUUCAGUUGUGCGUCCAAUAUUCAGUCUUUGAGUCGUUGGCCAUGAGCAAGAAGGACAAAACAAAAACACCUUGAUUCCUUUACAACCGCAUACACCUGUAGUUGCCAAAUAUCUAUGUAACCAGUAAGGGCAGGAAAAAAAAUCACAUACUACAGCUUUUAAAUGUGGUUUCAUAGGCCAGGAUAAGGUUUAACAUUUCACAGUUUAUACCUUGUUCUGCUUUUUGAUCCCAUUGAAAUCAUAACAAUAAAUCUUAUGUAUUCUUCAACAUCAGAUAUAAUCAUCCAAAAGUAGUUUUAAGUGUAAAAUAUGAAAUAAGUAGGUCUAGAUUGGUUGUAGGAGAAUUCUACUGUAGGUAAGUGAGGUUCCAUAAAACAAAAUAAGACUAUUAAUAAAUUCAGCACAGUAGAUCUGGUCAUUAAUAUUCUGGAUUAAUACUCUUAGAGGCUUUUGAUUAUCUAUUUUGGCAAUUGAAAAGAAAGUGAUAGAUUACCACAAAAAAUGACAAUAUUCCUUGUGACAUCAGUGGACCAAAUCAAGCACACUGUCAAGCUUUUGUCUAUCUCAGCUGCAUAGUAACAUAUAUUGUAACAACAUGUAUUAUGACAGUAGUUAUGUAUUUUGUUUUCCUUAGAGUUUGUUUACCUGCAUUGUGUUCAUUGUCAUAUCCUCCACGCCCUGAUGUCGUUGUUGACAUUUGUUACAUACUACUGCAAGUUUAACUGAUCCUGCUGAUGAAGUUAAGGCAUCUUUUUUGUAUAUCUGUAGUGUCUUGGACUGUAAUUUAUUGUGUUUUAUUGUGAACAAAUCUAUUUUCAGUCAACCUUAAACCCAAAGGAUUUUUUUUUUUUGUCUUCUUUUUGCUUUUGUUUUACACUGACUGAAAAUAUCUGUUUGUAUGUUGCCUUUUAUUCCAAUUUAUUGCUGGAAUUUUCUUUAUUGUUUCAGCACGACACUUGGCUGAGUGUCCUAGUAGUGUGUUUGUGACAGCCACACAAACCAGAAUGGUACUGACAGGAAGUAAGUGGGUGAAUUCUUGUUUGUUUGAUUGUUUUUCUUUUUUCUUAUUCUUAUUAUUAUCAUGUUUUUCGUUCUCACAGAGAGGUGUGGAAUGUGCAAUACCGCAUACUGCAAUCUAUGCAGGCCAAGAAUUGUGGCACUUUAUUUUCUGUCUAUGGGAUUUGUAAGUGUACAGGCAGAAAUUACUUGUAUUUUUCAAAUGUUAUAUCUUUAAUAUGAGGCAAACAGUAUUACAACUACCAGAAUCUCACAAACAAUGCAAAUGGAAAUCUGAAUUUUACUUUUUCAUAUUGUACUCACUGGCAUAUGCUGUCAUGCACCUUAAUGCCAGAUAUCAGUGGACCUCAGAUUUGAUUAUCUAUGGGAAUAGGGAUCCAAAUUGACCACUAGGGCCUUUUAUAUCACUGUUAGAUUUACAUAAUAAAUCUAACUAAUGUCUGUGGGAGAUAUAAUCUAAUUUUAAUGGCCACACACAAAGGAUUUUAUGUUUUUUGUGAAUUAACGUUGAGAAUGAUUCUAUUUUUUCUAAACCAAAAUGGAGCACGACCACAAUUUCCUGCCAUAUGGUGGUUGAAAUGAUGCGUGCCUUUUCAUAACACCGCUGUUUAUGAGAAGGUAGCAAGUCAUUUUGCUUUGUUCAUAUAGCACUGUACAGAAAAUUCUAAUUUUAUAGGAGAAAUCAGGUCUUUAUGUAAUAGAUACAAGUAAUGUUAUUGAGUUCUCAGGUUUUCUAUAACUCUCUGAUGUUCCGAUUGGAUAGAUUCUCUGUUUUUUCUUUAACAGCUAAUGUCAACUAGUUACUUCUGUACUUUUUGAAAGGUGAUGUUGUCAAAUCCACAUUGAUGUCUUGGCUCCCAGAAUAAGGAGCGGCAACAUUUCUCCCUCCUCCUGGGCAAUCUAUGUACCACAUUCAGUAUCCACCCCCAUCAGUCUUCAAUGAGGCAGGAAAGAGCACAAACAAAGGGACAGAGUUUUGACCAUAAGGAGUUAAAGAAGUGAAAAAUAGACAGUAGCGGACAUAAGGGAGUGAGAUAAAUCUGAUAAACGCCGGGCAGGAAAAGAUCUCUACUGUCACUGGACUGAUCCAUCUGAUUAUUUCCCAUGCUGAUACCACUGAGUGCUCUGAUCCCUACAGCUUCAGAGACCUCUAACCCCACGGUGUCAAGAACAGUGACAAAUGGGUAAAAGAAAAGCCAGCAGAAGGAAACUAUGAGAGUUAGGAAAGACCUCCCAGAUGAUUGCAUCAUUGCAUCACAUCAGUUGUGGUCCAUAUUUCCUUUUAUCUGUGUACAUACUGUAAUCCCAAAUCAGCAUAAUUUGAUAUUCAUGUGAGAGCUCUAGGAGUUUUCAGUCCCUCAUCAGAAACUCAGAUUCUUUGGUAGCCUCCAAAGUAAACUGCGGCGUCAGAGGUGGUUAUCAUUUGGGGUUCUCAUCUGUCUUUAACUUCACAUUUUCAAAAGAAGGCUUAAAGAUGACCUUCUAACUGAAGCUAUAUUUCCGUACCUGUAUGUUCAGUUGAACGUUCUUCCUUCAUCCCUUGUUUGUAGUUAUCAUGUCCCCAUGUAAGCCUCAAGUAAUCCUUCAUUUUGACAGGUAGGGUAGAGAAACAAGGGAUAUGGAUUGAUCAGCUAUACUCCCUUCGGAUGAUGUUUGUGUGGAUACUGAAAUUAAUUCUGUGAGCUGACAGCAAAAGGACUGCACUCUGUCUUACUGUCUCACAAUGGCAUUAUCAUCUGUGAUACUGUGCGGAGUAGAAAGGUUGUGUCUUUAUUCUCCCUGAGAGAAUGAGUAUUGUCCGUGUCACUCAUGCGUGCUUACCAAACCUUACUCCCUAAAAUGCAUCAAGCUACAUUGUUUCUUCUUAUUUCUGUGUGUUCUGCCUCUUACAUUUCUUUGUUUUGAUUUUUUUUUUUUUUUUUUUUUUUUCGGCUCAGCUUUGGAGAACAUUAUCAUUAGACUCAUUGAGCUACAGACUGUUUCUGUACAAAGCAACAUCUUUGUAUGCAUGUAGUAGUCUGAACAAUUAUGUGACCACAGAACACUUUGUUAUGGUACAUGUAUGUCAAACAUUUCUGUAGAGCAUUGUUCCCCAUUACGUCUAUUAGCAUAUGCAGAAUAACAAAUAAAUGUGUAUAUAACUCGUG